AUGGAGAUAGACCCUCAGCAAAAAAUAACUGACGUAACAGUAAACUUGGAAGGAAUUAAUAAAAUUAAAAAAAGAAGAUUAGAAUUUAUAUUUAAAGAAUUAAAAAAAAGUAAAAAUAUAGAACAAGUUUUUUACAAUAUUGCACAAUGUAAUAACAAAAUAGUUAAUUUAAACAUUUUUGAAGACUAUCCAAUUGUUAAAUUAAAUAGCUUAAUAAAUAGUCAUAUAAUAAUAGAUUAUAUAUUUAAAGAAAAAAAAAAAAAUUAUAUUAUUGGAACCAAUGUUAAUAAUCGUGGUGAAAUAUCUGGAGAUAUCGAAAUAAAUUUACCAUAUAUUUUUAAAACAAUAAAUAGUAUUGAACUUAAAGCAAAUAUAAGUAGCUUAUAUACUAAUAAUUUUUCAAUACGAUAUAUAUUACCAUAUAUAAAAUAUUGUAAUAAUUGGAAAUUUAUUUUUGAAACAUAUAUAUCAGCAUUUAAUAAUAUAAAAUGUGGAUCCUAUACUAUAAAAACAAAUUCUAUUAAAACAAAUUUAAUUAAAAAAAAUCAUUCAAUAAUUUGGGAAAUAAAUCUUAAUAAAAUAUAUCAUGAAAUAAAUAAAAAUUUUAUCCCAUCAGAUAAUAUUCUUAAAUUUAAUGAUAACCAUAUUAAAAAUACCAUAAAAUAUGUAUAUAAAAAAGAUGAACUAAAUUAUGGAAAAGACAAUGAACAAAACCAAAGUAAUUACACAUUUUAUCCAACUUCGGGAUACUACUACGAAAUAGAAAAUGAAAUAUCUUUGCCUUAUUGUGAAGCAAAUUUUUUUAAAAAUCAUUUAAAUUUUUUAUAUGCUAAAAAUAUAUUUAAAAACUUAUAUUCAUAUAUACAUUUUAGUAAUGGAAUAAAAUAUAAUUAUAAUAAAAAUAAACAAUAUUAUUUAAAUAAAUUCAAUUUCACUGGUAGUAUAGGAAGUUCUUUAAUUUUUCGAGGGUUUGAAUAUAAUUCUAUUGGAACUACAGAAAAAUGUUUUAAUUUUAAUGCACAAAAUAAAAAUUAUGAUAUUUCUUAUAACUAUUUAGGUGCUAAUUUUUUUACUAAUAUACAACUUAUGUUUAAAUACAUAUUAAAUAUUCAAAAUAUUAAUCCUAUGUUAUUUUUUUAUAUACAAUUAGGAAGAUUAAGUGAUCAUUUUUAUUUUUCUUUUAACCAAUUAAAAAAAGAUACUCGCCUUUCAGCAGGUUUUGGGCUUAUGACAUAUGUUCAGAAAAACGUUGCUCUAGAACUUUCAUUCAAUUUUCCAAUAUUACAUCAGCUUACUGACAAAACUAAGUUUUUCCAAGUUGGCUUAAAUUUCAAAGCUGCCUUGUAG